CCCACUUCAAGGUCCAAGAUGACUGCAGCUCUCAUAUUGAUUGCGGAAGGUACGGAGGAGAUGGAAUUCGUCAUCACUUACGAUACUCUUGUGCGCGCUGGCGUCCAAUGCACGUCUGCCUACGUUGCAGCCGGGCCUGAAACCACUGACACACCGCAUGCUACAUGCUCGCGAGGCGUCAGGAUUGUACCCGAUGCGUUCUUCAACGAUGAUAUCGCAAGCGAUGCGCUCUCGCGUUUCGACGCAAUCGUCGUACCGGGAGGCGCCAAAGGCGCGGAGACGAUCAGCGGUAACUCCCGCGUUCAGAGCCUCAUCAAAAGUUUCUAUGAUCAAGGCAAAGUUGUGGGCAUGAUAUGCGCGGGAAGCCUUGCUGCGCUCUCAGCUAAGCUACCGAAGCAACAGAUCACUUCCCAUCCGAGUGUUCGGUCCAAAUUGGAGAAAGAAUUUGAGUACUCCGAAGACCCAGUGGCACUUUCCGGAAAACUUGUUACUAGCCGAGGUCCCGGCACCGCCUUCCCAUUUGCGUUAACUCUAGCCGAACUGCUCGUCGGCAAAUCCAAACGAGACGAGAUCUAUGGCCCGAUGGUGUUUCCACACGGGACUCCAUUCUGAGGCUUGAACUCGGAUGCCACGAAGCUUGUGAUAUAUUUAGACAGAGCUGGUAUCGCGAGCCACGGUGGAGCGAGCUUCAUUUCAGCUUGAAGGAGUUUAAUGCAACUGACUAGACUAUGUAUGUCCCAAUAUACAUAUGGUUCCAGCGCUGUCAAAGGCCC